AUUACUUACGGUAUGGGUCAGGUGCUUCUCCAUCCAAUACUUGAAUUGAUCCACGUUAUUUUGAAACGCUUUUCAUCAAUGAUAAAGAUAUUGAACAUCUUUCGUUUUUAGUUUAAAGCAGGAAGAAUUGGACCAAAAUUUCAGAAGAGACAUACGCUAUUCGUUGCGAGAGCCGUACGAAGUGUAUAGAAUUGAACUGGAUUUUGGGAUGAAGUUGGAGAUUGGACAGAGUUAUUCAUCAAAAGAUAUAGUCAGCUGUUUAUUGACUUGCAAGUAUCAGCCUAAUCCUGAGGCAGAUCUCAUUGGAAAUCAUCUUCCUGAGUUGACUAUCCUCAAGGCAAGAAAUAAGGACAACCCUCACGAGAAACAUGACAAGGCGGAUAUCAGAAAAUAUUUUCAUCUGAAGCGACAGUUUUUUUGGACUUGCAAGUGUGAGGAUUCCAGUGGGCCAGACCUAAUUAGAAUACAGAAUAUACUGGAGAAGGUUUAUACAUUAGAAUUAUCAUUUUUAAAUCACUACGAAGGGAUCGAAGUUAUAAGGCAAUAUCAAUAUAUCAUUAUUAAAGAAACCAAGUAUGUGAGAACCAAGGAUAAAUCAGUCGUGAAGUUUGACCAUUACAUGAAAUUUCAAGAGGUUAAUCCAGAAACAGUAGAAUGGUGGUUCGUCACCGCUGCCACUCCGUUAAGAUUAUUUGAUGAAGUAAUGAAAAUGACCAAGCCAUCUCCUAAUGGUAUUUCAUACUUGAUUAUUGGUUCCAAGUGGCAGGACACGCUUCCAGUGACCAAUGAUCAUCCAGUAAUCUGUGAAAGAGAAAAGGCGCACACUUACGCUGAGGAUUUGGCCACAAGUGUGACUCGAAGUGGUGGAGGAAAAACAACUGAAAGGGACCUAACUGACUUCUUCGAACAAAAGCUAUGGACCUGUAAAGUGAAUGAGGAAGUGAAAUUCCGCAGAGUUGUCAAUAAAAUGUUGAUAGUUAACUGGACUGAAAUUUAUCGUAUCAAUUACUUUGAUGGCGUAACAGUUGAAACUGUUAACUUACAAGGUGUCGAUUAUCAGGCUUUACAAGUCACUGAAAUCAAAUUGGUUGCUAACGAAGUUAAUAAAAUAAUAAGAUAUGAUGGACAAUUUUUUAUCAGAAGUAACAAGAUUGUAGAAAAUUUAUUUCAAAAAUCGAAUGAGAUGAAAGAGUCUGGGGAAUCAACACAGUCGCAAUACAUUCCACUGGACGUUUUGAAAUUCGCUACCUGGAAGAUGAUUAGCAAUGAAAAGUCAAAAGAUGAACAAUCAUCAAUUGCAAAACCUAAUGGCAAAGAAUCUACAAAAAGCGAAAAUGUGAAAAAUCUAUUAAAGGGAUUAAGCUAUCGUCCAAAAUACUUCAAACCGUAUUCAACAGAAAUUCUGGAUGAAAAAGGGAUGUAUUUCCACCGCAUAUUUCAAGUGGGAACAUCUUAUGAAGAAGAGUUCCUAGCUGACGACAGAUCUCCAAAUACUGGUAUCAAAAUGCAGUGUCUAUUGGACCGAUGGAAUCCGGAUAAAUUUCAUAACUACAUUCCCAGAGUGAGUGAGUUCAUCGAAGGAGAACAGUAUCUCCUUGACCGUGAUGAGUUUCUGGAAUUGUUUCAAAUCGAAUAUGUUAAAGUGUGGAUUUGUAUGGAUGAUAGAGAAAGAUACUUAAUUCGUGUGCAGUCAUCAUUCGUAGGGAAGGAGCCGAUGCUUGCUGUAAGAUACCCUGACGGUGUAACAAUAGCCCGACACGAAAUAUCAAGAGAAGAUUUGUCUCCUAACCCUUCUAAUACAGCCAGUGUAACCGAAAUCAUUUACCUCGAUCCCUGGUCUUCAAAAGUUCUAAAGUACGAAGGAGAUAUGCGAGAAAUUGGUAUUCCAGAUAAAACAACGAAGUCUGACAAUGCAGCUCCAGCACCAAAAACUGAAAAUAGCAGGAUUAAGAAGAAUCCGUGUGCGGCAUUCUUUCAACGUUUGUUAGGUUGCUGGAAAUCGAAAGAGGAAAAUGGAGGAAAAUAAUAUUGCGUAUUAAAACGUACUUUCAGAACUAGGCUACAAUAGCGCCCCUUGAUAUUCGACCUAUCGACGUUUCUAUAAUAUGAUUAUUUCGAAUAUAAUAAAAUGAUAAUUUAGAAAAUCUUAUAUUCUUGAUGAGUGAACCUCUAAUUUAUUAAGAAAUUAUUCAAAGAGGCUGUAGUUCUAAGAAUGUUACAUAUAAUUUACAAUAAGUUUUAUUGCUACUUCAACUAGAGUAGGCUAUAGGCUAGCAGGAAAAUGGUGCAAUGGAAUUUCAAUAAUGGUUCUUGAUAAUUAAUUGUGGAUUGAAUAGAAAGCUACCUUCGUUCAAUUGCCUACUGAGCUUCAUGGUUUAAUGUAUCUGGAAAUAAACAUGAUUGUUGUGGGAAUCACUUCCAACUGCCUGCAUUUCUUGUAAAUAAAUGCUGACAGUUUUAUGUGAAUUACACUUUUGAUCCAUCAACAUUCUUCUGAGCAUUCAUCCACAUGAAUGAUUUAUCAAACAUGAUACAAGACAAUAAAAUAAGUUUUUUUAAUAAUGUAAGUGAUACUAAUGGUCAUUUGAUUCAAUUCAAUUUAUUUUUUCCUUCUGAAUACAAUUCAAAGCAUAUCAGUUACAUAGAAUCUUAAGCAAUAAAGUUUAUUCUAAGCAAUAAGUUUAUUUAGUCAUUAUUGUAAUCAAAUAUCAGUUGUUGUAGGUAUUGUUAUUAUAAUUAUAUUGGAUGAGUAAUUACUUUCGUUCCAAUUUUUAACUUGGUGAUAAUUCGUAGAAUUUCAUAAAACACUUAUCUUUGCUUUAUCAGAUAGAACUAUUGGUUAUUGUUUUUAAAAUAGGUGAUUAUGAUUUUGAUCUUAGUUAUUUUAAUUUGAGAAAUUACAUUGCAUUGUAACAUUUCACUUAAAUAGGUUAAUAUGAUUUUGAUCUUAGUUAUUUUAAUUUGAGAAAUUACAUUGCAUUGUAACAUUCCAUUUACUUUCUUGUAGGAGUUAAUAGAAAAUAAGUCGUUUUAAUCAUAUUAAUUAGUAUAGACCUGUUUGAAAGUAUAGACCUGACUUCAGUUUGAAAGUAGGCUAAUUUGUUGCCGUGUUACUAAUUCUACAUUACAGUUAGUUAAUUCUAGUUUUGAGUAGAUUAUUGCUGGAAGAAUUUGUGAAUUAAAUUUUGAACUGAA